AUGGCCUCUACCGUAGAUCGGUCACCAGUUCAUUCCCCUCCGGGACAUGUUGCGAAACGACCCAAGGGCAUUCUCAAACACAGCACGUCGCAUACUUCACCACCCCCAGUAUCAACAGCAUCUCCUCGCCAGGCCCGUGAACGGUCCAUGUCCGGAAAGGAAGUUACCCUAGCCAACACCAAAAUCAAUGCCGGCCAUCGUCGAUCCUCGUCUUCGGCAAACAGACCUCCCGGCUCACGCCGCUCUUCCACCCACGAUCCCGACAACCAAGAAGGAUCGCAACGCCUCAAGUGGGAUGAGGCGAACUUGUAUCUGACGGAGCAGGAGCGUACCUCUACUAUGAAGAUCACCGAACCCAAGACUCCCUAUGCGAAACACUACGACCCGUCCGAGGACCCAUCCGACGACGAGGAUUAUCUGGCGGCUGGUGGUUCUGUCAGUAAAGCUUCAGGCGCGCGCGGCGAAGACGACAUACCGGGUCUUAGCCUGGGCGAUCCGGAGGAAGAAAUUACAGAAACAGGCCUUCCGGGAAAUGCGCGCCAACCCUCCGAAAAGACGGUUCAUGUGGAUGAUCAAAGUGUCGCCCCCUCCGCCGAAGACCAGAUGGUGGGCCUCUCACCAGAGGAACGCGAAAAACACCACCAGUUCGAAGUCGCCCGCAAGAAACACUACGACAUGCACAACGUCGCGCAGCUGCUUGGCACCCCGGAAUCCAUCCCGGACGACGAAGACGACGAGCAGGAGAUGCCCCCAGUGCCUUCACUGCCGAAUGGCUCAUCUUAG